CCCCGGGGUUGUGACGCUUUUCUGAAAUUCGUAUGCUACUCUGUUGCCGAUCACGUGUUCAAAUAUUCAUAAAUCUAAUAAGAUUAUUUAAAUUCGUCCCUAACUCCCGGUGCGCAUAUAAAAUUAUCGUCGAUUCAUUCGUUGAUUAUAUUCGGUACGAGGAUGCAGCUAAAUGCUGUUUAAAUUCGAAGAUUUCAAAGCGUAUCUUUUUAGAAAAACUGUGAAAAUGUUCAAUCUAUAUCAGCACAUGAAGUCAGGUGAUACGAAGGAACAGAAGGAGCCCGAAACGACGGGACACGACAGGUUUUAUCAGGAACGAUCCAGGUCUAGUUAUAGGAAAAAGAAACGCCGUGGCGCUUGCAGGAGAGCGCAAUCAGCUGCUGAAUUUAACCCAGAAUCUGUAGCUGCAGCCAACAAGAGAGAUGCCUUCCGUAUACGCUCCGUGUCCACAGAUAAAGAAGAAAGCGAAGAGGAAAAUUCCGAACGCACUCCACUCGUAGCUCAAAAGAUUGACUCUCUAGCGAAAUUGCUGUUCAACAAAUCCAUCAUGGGAUCAGGGUCUGGGAAAUCAUCUCCAUCGGAACCAUCGGCUUCUCCCAGACUGGCCGAACAGUCGAUGGAAAGCUCGGUGGCUUUAGCUAUUUGUAAUGAAUAUUUAUCGCACUCUACGAGAUACAGUAUGAUAUCCUCACUGAACCCUAUAGGUUCGCGAGCGAGCAAAAAAUGGUUUGCAAUACACGAUAAUUCCAUUAAGGCAGACCGCCUCCUCAUAUUGACGCCUCUUUCUAGUAAAUGUCCCAUAGAACAGAACGAACAUUCCCGAGGACUCAUCAUGGAACUGUUUCGCGCGUUACAUCAUCCCUAUAUCUACCCCGUGCUGGACCUCGAGUUGUGCAACGGUCAUGCAUUGGCUGUGUUACCGUACAAUUCUCGGGGCAGUUUGAAGGAUUUAAUUUAUAAGAGCACGUGGAGUGAUGAGUACAGUCGUAAGUACGGAUCUACUGGUACAGGCCUCCCUGCUACGCAAGUAGCAAGGUUCGGACGGCAGAUAUUGGAGGGACUGUUGUUUCUUAAGGAGAAGGGUUUUCCGCCAUUCCGUCAUCUUCAUAGUGGGAAUGUGAUGGUCCAAAAUGGCGUAGCAAGACUCUGCGGGCUGGAGAACACUCUGAUCGGGGCGACCCCGCGGCCGCCGGCGCGCUCCGCCGCGCUCGAGCGCGUGGAGACGCUGUCGCUGGGGCACGUGCUGUUCGAGAUGUGCGCCGGCACCGACACCGACCUCACGCUCCUACCCGACUUGGCUAAUAAUUACUCGCAAGUUGUAGAUAUUAUAGAAAUGCUCUUCUGUCCUCAUCCUCCGAAUCUACACGAAUUACUUCUUUGCGAACUAUUUCGGAAGAUCGACUUACGAGAAAUGAAAGGGUCUUGUUUACCUAACUUCAGCCAGCGCCUAUCCCGCUCGUGCCUGUCGCUGCUGGGCGAGGUGGCGCGCCGGCAGCAAACUCCGCCGCGCCGCGCGCCCGGCUCGCCCGGGACCCCGCCCACACGCAGGAGAUACGUUCAACUAGAUCAAGACUACACCGAAGAGUGGCAGUGGUAGUGAGAACCAGCUAAUCGGCUUAAUAAAAUAUUUUCUACCCAAUGUAUCUGUCAA